UGCAGCUGCAUGAGGAGGCACUGUUUUCUCUCAGCUGGAGUGCUCCCCAGGAGCCAGCCCCAGCCUCAGAAAAGAUGCUUUCUCUGCGGACCCUCUGCCUGCUCCUGAGCGUGGUCGGCACAGUCUGGACCGGGGAUACUGGAGGAGACUUUUUAGCAGAAGGAGGAGGCGUGCGUGGCCCAAGACUCAUGGAGAAGCAGCAGUCUGCCUGCAAAGAGACUGGCUGGCCCUUCUGUGCUGAUGAAGACUGGGGAUACAAAUGCCCUUCUGGAUGCAGGAUGAAAGGAUUGAUUGAUGAGGUCAAUCAAGAUUUUACAAACAGAAUAAACAAGCUGAAAAAUGCGUUAUCUAAUUAUCAAAAGAACAAUAAAGAUUCAAAUACAUAUAGGAAUAUAAUGGAGAUUUUAAGAGGGGACUUUGCUAAAGCCAACAACAAGGACAACACAUAUAACCAAGUGUCAGAAGACCUGAGAAGCAGAAUUGAGGUUCUGAGGCGCAAAGUCAUUGAGAAAGCACAGCAAAUCCAGCUUCUGCAGAACAACGUCAGGGCCCAGCUGAUAGACAUGAAGCGCUUGGAGGUGGACAUUGAUAUUAAGAUCCGGUCUUGCAAGGGGUCCUGCAGCAGGGCUUUGUCUCGGGAGGUCAAUCUGAGGGAUUACGAAGACCAGCAGAAGCAGCUGGAGCAGGUCAUUGCCAAAGAGCUGCUUCCCCCUAGAGACAGGCAGUUCUUACCUCUGAUAAAGAUGAGGCCCGUGACAGACUUGAUUCCCGCGCGAUUCAAGAGCCAGAUUCAGCAAGCCCCGCCAGAGUGGAAGGCGUUGUCAGAGAUGCAGCAGAUGAGAAUGGAACUAGAGUGGCCUGGGAGGGGGGGCAGUAGUACUCGAGGAGACGCUGCAUCUUAUGGGACAGGGUCGGAGACGGAGGGGCCCAGGAACCCCGGGCCCGGCGCUGCUGGACACUGGACUCACGGGGCCUCCGGGCCUGGAGGCGAUGGAAGUCGGAGCCCAGCGAGCCCCGCCUCUGGCGGCCCUGCGUCCCGCGUGCCUAGCUACAGCGGGAGUCGCAACCCGGGAAGCGCGGCGGCCGGAAGUCUCAGGCCAGACAGCUCGGGCUACGGCAGCAGCCGGCCUGCCAACCCAGACUGGGGCGAGUUCGAAGAGGUACCAGGGAGCGCAAGCUCGGGAGGCCGGAAGGAGUACCACACCGAGAAGCUGGUCACCUCCAGGGGGGACAAGGAGCUCCUGAUCGGCAGCGAGAAGCUCACCUCUCCUGGCACGACCACCACUCGCCAUUCGUGCUCCAAAACCAUCAGUAAGACUGUGAUCGGUCCCGACGGGCGCAAGCAGGUGACCAAGGAGGUGGUGCACUCGGAAGACCCCGCCGACUGCGGCGGCGGCGCGGACCUGGACUUGCUGCGCGGCUUCAGCGCGCACGGCAGCCUGGACGACUUCGCCCUGCGGCACCCCGGCGAGGCCGCCUUCUUCGACACGGCUUCGGGGGGCAAAGGGGCAGCUUUCUCACCCUCCACCUCCUUCAAGGAGUACGGAGGCAAGACCCAGUCGCUGGGCACGGACUCAGCCUUCUUCCCCGGCGGCGACACGGGCUCGCAUACCUUCGGGGUCCCCGAGUACUCGAGCAGCGGCAGCACGAGUCACCGAAAGCAGGUCGUAAGCAGCAGCACCUCGUACAGUAAAGGAGGCUCCACCUUUGAGGCCAAGAGCUUUAAAAUGGCAGAUGAGGCCGGAGGAGAGCUGGAUUACGACGAGGCAGGAGAGGAACACAGCGUCAAGAGAGGCUAUGCUAAAGCUCGACCUUCCCGAGACUGUGGUGAUGUUCUCCAAACACAUCCAUCAGGUGCCCAGAGUGGCAUUUUCAGUAUCAAGCCUCCAGGAUCCAGUAAGAUUUUUUCUGUUUAUUGCGAUCAAGAGACCGCUUUGGGAGGAUGGCUUUUGAUCCAGCAGAGAGUGGAUGGCUCACUGAAUUUUAACCGGACCUGGCAAGACUACAAGAGAGGUUUCGGCAACCUGAAUGGCAGAGGAGAAGGAGAGUUCUGGCUAGGCAAUGACCGUCUCCACUUACUCACUCGGCAGGGCUCGGUGCUCAGGGUUGAGUUAGAGGACUGGGCCGGGAAGGGGGCGUUUGCAGAGUAUCGCUUGCGGGUGGGCUCUGAGGCGGAAGGCUACGCCCUGGAGGUCUCCUCCUACCAGGGCACUGCUGGCGAUGCCCUGAUUGAGGGUUCUGCAGAAGAAGGGGCAGAGUACACGUCUCACAAUGGCAUGCAGUUCAGUACCUUUGACAAGGAUGCAGACCAGUGGGAAGAGAACUGUGCUGAAAUCUAUGGAGGAGGCUGGUGGUACAACAAUUGCCAGGCAGCCAAUCUCAAUGGCAUCUACUACCCUGGAGGCACCUAUGACCCCAGGGACAACAGCCCCUAUGAGAUCGAGAAUGGGGUUGUCUGGAGUCCCUUUAAAGGAGCAGACUAUUCCCUCAGAGUUGUUCGCAUGAAAAUAAGGCCAGUGGCAACCUAAGGGGUGAUGCGGUGGCAGGGGGAGAUUCAGUGUCUAUCCUUCAGCAAAAUGGAGAGAAAAUGAUGAUACAAGGAGUCAAGAGUCUUGACAACCUACUGAAAGUUUUCCAGGUGCUAUUUUAUUAUUCUUUGUACUGUAGCUAAAUGAAACUGAGAUAUAUCAGUGCUUUGAAAAAUAAAGUACACAAGCAUUUUGUACCUUUAAA